AUGGAGUUAAGAAAGAAGUGGUUGAAAGCGAUAAGAAGGCCAGAUUUCGUUCCUCGUGUAGGUGAUGGGUUAUGUUUGAACCACUUUAGAGCACAAGAUAUCCAUAAUAUUAGUACCGAAGCUAACUAUCUUCUCAGUCGAUUGACUUUGAACUUUGGUGCAGUACCUUCUAUAUUUCCUUGGCAAGAAUCAGCUGACAAUCCACCAGAGGCAAAUGAACCAUUUACUGCACAAAGUAACUUCUCCAAUGAAAAUAUAGAGAUAGAAGAAAAAGAAGCGUGCUGUCCAGAAUUUAUUUCAACAACUGAAUCACCUGAACAACAAUCAACGACUGAUGCACCUGAACAACAAAAUAGCAAGUUCCUCGCAGAAGAAGACAUUUUACAACUAAAUCAUUUCACUGGGUUCAACUACCAAAAAUUCAAGACUAUCUUGUACACGUUAUCACCAGUUAUGUCUCACUUUGAGAAAAUUGAAAAAGAUAAAAAGAUCAGCAUACCAAAUCAAUUGUUUCUAACUCUUUGGAAACUGAGACGAGCAACUUGCAACUUGGAGUUAGCAGAGCACUUUAGCACUGACAAUGAGAGUGUUGCUGAAAUUUUUUAUACAUGGAUAACAAUUAUGUCAAAGACAUGGUCUCUGAUUGAUAUGUGGCCAAGUCGAGAAUUGAUAAACUUCUACAUGCCACAUACUUUCAAAAACCACUUUCCCAAGACUCGUGUUACAUUGGAUGCUACAGAAAUUAAAAUUGAUGCUCCCAAAAAUCCAGUCUUAAAGCAAGCAACAUUUAGUACUUACAAAAAUGCUAAUACAUUUAAAAUCAUGGUUGGUACAACACCUGGUGGACUUAUAUCUUAUACUUCUGCAGCCUAUGGUGGUUCAACGAGUGAUCGUCAAAUCAUAGAAAGAAGUGAUCUACCUUCAAAAUGCGAUCCAGGUGAUGUGAUUCUAGCUGACAAAGGAAUAAUGGUGCAAGAUUUAUUCGCUCCUUAUAAUGUGACAGUUAGUACACCUACGCCAAUGAUAUAA